AGCCAUGGAAACUGUUAGGCAACGUCAACAGAAGCACCAGAGUGAUGCUGCAGCUCACCGCCAAUGGUACAUCAAUAAUUCUCAACUGCACAAAUUCAUCCUUAAAUUCUCUGAAGCUACAGAUUUACCUAUAGAAAGUCCAGGAAUGUACUGUUCCAAUGGAAAGAUGUAUAUCUAUGAUACCCAACAUGAAUUACACCAUCGAACAAAUGCCAUCUCUAAUUCAAAUCUCAACCCUGCUAUUCUUGAAGACAUAAAAGCCAUACUUGAUGAAGUGAACUUCUAUUCUAUUAACUUUCGAUAUAUUUCUAAUUUUCCUGAAGAAGAUAUUAAAAAUCUAUCGAUGCUUAUUCAUACAAACAUUCCUGAACUUGAUCAAAGGACCCAUAAUGUCCCAACAGCUCCUCAAGUAGCGGAAAUCUGGAUCAAUAAUGAUGUGCCUCCCG